CACAGAUGGAGCCGGGCAACAUGACAGGCAGCCUGGACCUCAACUCCACCAAGUGCCCAUCCAUCGACGAGUUCCGGAACCAGGUGUACUCCACCUUCUACUCCCUCAUCACCGUGUUCGGCUUUGUGGGGAACGGCUUCGCCCUGCUGGUGCUGAUCAAGACAUGCCGCAACAGCUCCCCCUUCCACGUGUACAUGGUGAACCUGGCCCUGUCCGACCUGCUGUGCGUGAUGACCCUGCCGCUGCGCGUGCUCUACUACGCCAAGAAGGGCCAGUGGGACCAGGGGGAUUUCCUCUGCCGCAUCAGCUCCUACUUCCUCUACGUGAACCUCUACUGCAGCAUUUACUUCAUGACAGCCAUGUCGGUCACGCGCUUCCUGGCCAUCGUCUACCCCGUGAAGAACCUGCAGCUGGUGACGGUGAACCGUGCGCGCAUCGUGUGCGUGUCCAUAUGGAUGUUUAGCAGUUUUUCAUCCUCCCCCUUUCUGAUGUCUGGUCAGCAUUUUGACAACUCGACAAAUAAAAUCAAAUGCUUCGAGCCCCCAGAGCCUUCAGGUGGGCGCCUGCCCAAACUGCAGGUGCUGAACUACUUGGCUCUGGUGUUGGGAUUUGCGCUGCCCUUCCUGAUCAUCCUCAUCUGCUACGCCGGCAUCGUGCGCACCCUGCUGUCGCGCACGCCCACGGCCCCCCGGCACAAGGAGUCCGCGGCCAAGGCCAUCCGGAUGAUCGCCGUGGUCCUGCUCACCUUCCUGAUCAGCUUCACGCCCUACCACGUGCAGCGCACCGUGCACCUGCACUUCCUGGCCCGCAAAGACACCACCUGCCCCGAGCGAGUGGCCAUGCAGAAAUCCGUGGUGGUGACUCUGUGCCUCGCCGCCGCCAAUUCCUGCUUCGAUCCGAUGCUGUACUUCUUCUCCGGGGAGGGCUUCAGGAGUCGCAUGUCCUCCCUGCGCCAGACGAUGAGGCGCAGCACGCUGCGCAACGGAGCCGCGCGGAAGCCCGUUGCACACUCGGAAUAUGGAGACUCCCCCCCAACGGAGGCCACCUAAAUAGUCCAGGGGCCAGAGCCCAAAAUGUAACUUGUCAGUACCACUCAAGGUGACAAAAAGUACUUAUGAUUUUUGAAAAGAUCCACAUCUAUAGAUGAUAUUUUGGUAUGAUAACACUUCCUGAGGGGCAGCUGUAUCCAGGGGCGUCAAUUGGGUAUGGCAAGGUAUGGCAGCCGCCACACCUUGGCUUCAAGGGAAAAUGUAAAUGUUUGUUUUUUUAAUACAUUUAUGGAAUUUCUCUGUGUCUAUUUGUAUUGAUUAUUCUAUUACUUAAUACAUAUAGAAUAACUACAAAUGCAAAUCAGAACAACAUGAUUGAUUUCACUAGUUAUUAUACACUGCAAAAACUCAAAAUCUUAACAAGAAUAUUUGUCUUAUUUC